AGAAUGAAGAGCUGACCUUCCUAUCACCUCGACGUCCAUAUGCAGAGUCCUCAGUUCGGUCCAAGACCCGACUAUUUGAAGGAGGGAACAAAGGACAAUUACCUGAUCAGCUGUAACGGGUCUGUCAUGAUGAAUUCAAGGAACGGAUAGCAUAUCUAUCUAGUCCUUUGAUUCGGGUAGUGGUGGACAGCCUAGUCGCCCACCAUUGCAUUUCAACCAUGUCCCUCUACCUCUGCGUUGAUUCCGGUGGCUCGAAAACAUCUGCAGUCAUCUGCAACGCUGCGGGAGAAAUCCAAGGUCGAUCGUUGGACGGACCGUCCAACUUUGCCUACCUGGGCUUGGACAAUUUCAUUGGUACGAUCAAGAUCGCCGUUAGCAAUGCAUUGAAGACUUGCGGCUCCCCUCCAUCCAUUGACCCUGUUGAACUACCACCUUCGAGACCGCUCUUUGCUGCAGCAUGGUUCGGAGUCUCAGGCGUUGAUAGCCAGGCUGCUAUUGACAAGAUCACACCGGUCCUCUCAACGUUACUGGGCAUCACGGAUAGAUCUCGACUUAUCGUGUGCAACGAUGCCCAUCUUCUUGCGGCCCCGCUACGUAUGCAUAAUGAUGUGCAUUAUGCUGUGACAGUUAUCGGAGGCACUGGAAGUAUUAUGGUCAGUUUUACUGAAGGCGAAGGCGGAAGUUUGAAGGAAUUAGGAAGGGUUGGUGGUUGGGGAUGGAUCCUGGGCGAUGAAGGAGGAGGAUUUCAUGUUGGACGCGAAGCUAUUCGUCAAGCCCUCAGGCAAGCUGAUAUUGCUUCAGUGCAAGGCCCUCUACCACCCUCGACGAACGGCGAGAAGACGCUAACGGAAGGAAUCCUCGAACAUUUUGGCGUUUCGGACGUUUACGAACUAUUGACGGUCGUUCACCUCCCCGAUCCCGAGCCUAGUAUUCCCAUCCUUGAGAAUAACCUUCCACCAUACGCACUCAUCCCUCGCGAGAAACGACUUUCACAACUAGCUCCGCUGGUGUUCACAUCCGCGUUUGAGGACAAGGACCCACUAGCAAUCAACGUGCUUCGUACGACAUCUAGCGCCAUAGCUGACCAGCUUUGCAUCCUGCUCAAUCCAAAAGCACCGCGAGGAGUAAAUGCUGAUGACGCAGUUGCGUGUUUUGGUGGUUCACUCGUUGGAGUUCCGAAGUACAGGGAGCUGGUACUCGAUCAACUGAAGGAAAGAGGGCACGUCUUUAAACAUAUCGAGUUCGUAGAGGAUGCGGCAGCGACCGGUGCGAGAGGAUUAGCGUUGGCGAUAGGUGCUGCCAACAUUUCGUAACGUGGAAGGCGAACUGACUGUCGGGAAGAGAAGAGGUUUAGGGAGUUCCGUGCGUAUUUCUAUCUGCUAUUUGAGUUGUUGCGUUGAGACCUGUUAUGUAUGUAUUGUAUGUACGAUAUCUGUUCCGGUCAUACCCAGCUCGCGCACAUAAUAUAUUGAAGUUAUGUUGAUC